AUGUGGUGUUUCAGACAGUACAGACCUGUAUGUGGUGUUUCAGACAGUACAGACCUGUCUGUGGUGUUUCAGACGGUACAGACCUGUCUGUGGUGUUUCAGACGGUACAGACCUGUAUGUGGUGUUUCAGACGGUACAGACCUGUCUGUGGUGUUUCAGACAGUACUGACCUACAGUACAGACCUGUAUGUGGUGUUUCAGACAGUACUGACCUGUCUGUGGUGUUUCAGACAGUACAGACCUGUCUGUGGUGUUUCAGACAGUACUGACCUGUAUGUGGUGUUUCAGACAGUACAGACCUACAGUACUGACCUGUAUGUGGUGUUUCAGACAGUACAGACCUACAGUACUGACCUGUCUGUGGUGUUUCAGACAGUACUGACCUGUCUGUGA